AUGAUCCACUAUGGAUUAUGGCAAUACAAGCAACAAGUCUUGGAUUCAUUGGCUACUUUCCAAACUAUUGAAGGAAAGAAGGAUGGCUUAAAAGCCCAGCUUCGUUUUCGGGAUACUGUCCUUCAGCAGAAACCAAUUACACCAAAAGUGUACACCUUCUCUAAGAGAGUCUCACCGGAUAGUGAUAGGAGAGUAUCUCUGACAUGGCAGGAAUUGAGAGAUAACCUUCUCACUUUGGUUGAAAAUGCCUUCAAUUUGCCAACAAGCCAGGAAGACGGGCAGGUCCCAGGUUAUGGGGAAUGGUUUAAUAUAGUUUACGACGAUGACCAAGCUGUUUAUACCUACAAGUUAUUGGAUGACUAUCGUGAUGGUGAUCUGAAAAUACUUGUGUCAUCCUGCUAG